UAGAGUGAAAGUUUGAAUACCAAGCGGGACAUUAUUCUUUUGAAAUUUUGGAAAGCUUGUUUUUUCGCAUUUUGCUUUUCAAAAGAUAAAACGAAUUAAUGGCAUCCAACACUGAGGACUUUUAUCUUCGGUAUUAUGUGGGACAUAAAGGUAAAUUCGGCCAUGAAUUUCUUGAGUUCGAGUUUCGGCCCGAUGGUAAACUGCGAUAUGCUAACAAUUCCAACUACAAAAACGAUACCAUGAUCCGGAAAGAAGCAUACGUACAUCAAUCCGUCAUGGAGGAACUGAAACGAAUUAUUGUGGAUUCGGAAAUCAUGCAGGAGGAUGACUCGAUGUGGCCACCACCGGAUCGUGUAGGACGCCAGGAAUUGGAAAUCGUGAUUGGAGAUGAGCAUAUUUCGUUCACUACCUCAAAAACUGGUUCUCUGGUAGAUGUCAAUCAGUCAAAGGAUCCAGAAGGAUUACGUUGUUUCUAUUAUCUAGUGCAAGACUUGAAGUGUCUCGUAUUCUCUUUGAUUGGUUUGCAUUUUAAAAUCAAGCCCAUUUAAACGAUUCAAACGAAAAGUUGCAAAUUAUUGCAUUGAAUUUAUAAUUCAUUUCUGACUAACAUUGUAGGUUUAAUUUUCUCUCGUAAUACAAACG